UCCUUCUAGAGAGGUCGGCAAGACGGCACCCUUGGGCAGAAGCGGUCAAGUAUGAAAAUAUUAUAAGAACUAAGGAACUAAGAAAGAAAGGAAAAGUCGACUAAUGGCGGCUUCAUAUUUUUCUCUGUGUUAGGUUCAGCAUUAAUGAUUUCUUUUUUUCUCAUUCCCCAUGUUCUUAUAUAAACUAUAUAUGUUAGAUUAUUUAAGAGGAUCAUGAAUUUGAGCAACUGGGUAUCUCUGGGAUUUCUUAUUAUUGCCGUCUUCUUCUUCUACACCUACCAAUCUGAUCUACCUUCCUUCUCCACUGUGAUAAACAUGGCUGCUCAACAACAAGACUCUUCUUCAUCAUCCAGCUCCAUCUAUGACUUCACUGUCAAGGACAUGAAAGGGAUUGAUGUGAGACUUAGUGAAUAUAAGGGGAAGGUUCUUCUCAUUGUCAAUGUUGCUUCCAAAUGUGGCUUGACACAAUCAAACUACAAGGAGUUGAAUGUGUUGUACCAAAAGUACAAAGACCAAGGGCUUGAGAUCUUGGCAUUCCCAUGCAACCAGUUUGGUGGACAAGAACCAGGGAGCAAUGAGCAGAUUCAGGAAACUGUAUGCACCAUUUUCAAAGCCGAGUUCCCCGUCUUUGAUAAGGUUGAUGUGAAUGGUAAGAACACAGCACCAUUGUACAAUUUCCUGAAAGCAGAGAAAGGAGGGUUCCUGGGAGAUGGCAUCAAAUGGAACUUCACCAAGUUCUUGGUGAACAAACAAGGCAAAGUUGUGGAGCGAUAUGCCCCCACCACUUCACCUCUCAAGAUUGAGAAAGAUAUAACCAACUUGUUGACGAGCGAACCGAAAACAAAGAGAAACUGACGAGCAAAAUUAAUUUGAAAAGUCCAUUUCUUCUGAAUUUGAUUGUAUUUGGUCCGAUUUUCUAUUCAUUGCAAUUUGGUUCUUCAGUACAUCAAAUAUUUGGUCCCUUGUUUCCUUGUGCUGCAAUUCGCGAGUCUGAAAUGAAUCGAAUCAUUGCUCACCCCAGUUAAGAGCCAGCAGCAAGGCAGAGGUUGUGUAAUAUCAAAUAUGAUUCCCCUAAACAUGAAUUGCCCUAAUAUAUCAAACAAUGUUCUCCUUUUUGUUGUCUUUUUCCUUCUUCUGGUGGCACUAGACUAAUCAGCCUUUUUAGUGGCAGCUCAUUGCUGAACUGUCAUGACACUUAGAUGCUUCGAAGAUAUUCCUUUUGUAUCUGAAUUUAGAUGUUUUAUUCCCUCUGUUAUGCGUUGGCAUGCUAAUACAAGCAGCAUCUUUUGCUUUUACCUGUCAGAGGGCAUAUUCGGAUAGUUGCCAAUAUCUUUCUCAGCUAGUGCUGGAGAUUGAGGUUGACCUGGCAAACCUCCAAUGCAUAUGAGUAGCCAGCCACACAUUCAUAUGACUAAUCAAUCAAGUUACUUAUAUAAGUGGAUUCGAUUUUCCAACUUGUGAUGAGGGACAAGGAAAAUUAUCAAGUGGUGGGGAGAUAUAGAUUUGCUUAACGUCAAGAACACUUCCCGUGUCAUUUUCAAUUUCAUGGCAUCCAUCUUACUAGAUAAGGAUAACCCAACUCCAACUCAGCCAUAUCAAAUCAUGGAUCACAUUUCAUUGCAAGUAUUCAAAUUGAAUUUCCCCAAUUGCAGAGCAUGUCUGAAACUUAUAUACAGAUCAUAUAAAUAGCCACACAAGAGCUCCUCAUAACAUCUGCAAGGAAGAAGAAGAGUUCAAGGAACAGCUUAUCAUGUUCCUCAAGCAAGCUAACGUUAAGUACAACAGGUGUCUGCAAUUAUUCAAUGUGACCAUAUCAAAUACCUAACUUCUACCAGAGUUGCUUCUCUGUGCAAAACUUAACUUAAUCAUUGAUAAGUUGAAUCUACCCAUCUAAACCAGCUUGGAUUGCCAUUAAACAGUUCUUAACUGAUGGAAGAAACUGCGGCAGUGAGUUGGUAGAUUCCAGAGCAAUGGAUGAAUCGCUCCACGCUUGAACUCUGGAAUCCAAACUUUAAACAUUCAAAACUCGCAAGGCGUGAUAGAGGAAGAAAAGCUCAGAGAGCUCGGAUGCAUGUAGUUCCAGCAACUUCCUUCACAUCAUCCACCCAUCCAUCAGCUCUAUCAGCCAAAUGGGCAAACGUUUACAUCUACUGCAGAAGUCGUUAGUCAGUUAAUGCUGCUAGAAAAGUAACAGUGAUGUUAGAAAUCAAAGAGAGCGAAGAAACUAAAAGGAAUCAUCCAUCUAUGAAAACUGAAACCCAAAACAAACAGCAAAGAGAAUAUCAGUUGCAGGACUUCUUCCCUGCCAUCCAUCCAUCGGAGUUGUAUGGUUGGUCUAUCCAAUCCGAUGGAUCACCAUGUUAGAAACAGUAGUAAGUAACAAUCCCAUAAUCAAUGAGACAAACAGGA